UCUCUCUCUCUGACUCUGUAAUUUCUCUCUCUCUAGAAAAUAAAAAUGUCCGGCGGGGUGGGCCCUACCUGCAGCGACAUCAGCCUCCCGAGCGAACAGGAGACCCUCCACAAGGAGAUCUGCGACCGAAAGUCCGGCGCCGUCGUCCAUGGCGGCGCGCGGAGGAAGCCGGCGGCGGCGUUCCUGUCUUUCCGGCAGCUGAACGCGCUGGCGGUGGUGGUGAUAUUCUCGGCGAGCGGGAUGGUGUGCGCGGAAGACUUGGCCUUCGUCCUCUUCUCCGUUGCUUACAUGUACUUCAUCUCGAGAGUGGCGUUCCCGGCGAGUGGCGGAGGGGAGGACGGAGGCGUGUUCAGCCCCGGCCAGAGCAAGGUGCUCCGGCUGUACGUGAUGCUGGCGGCGGCGAUCGGGCUGUUCCUUCCGAUCGGGUACAUUCUAGAAGGAUUCUUCGAGGACGAUAAAGAAGGGAUUAAAGCCGCUUCUCCCCAUGUUUUUCUUCUCGCCAGCCAGGUUUUCAUGGAAGGCGUGGCAAACAACGACAGAUUCUCGACGCCGAUCCGCGUGUUCGUACCGGUGUUCUACAACUCGAGGAGGAUCUUCACCAUAGCGGAGUGGCUGCGGGACGAGUUCGCGAAGGAAGACAAAGAGUUCAGCGGGUCUGUGCGGCGGCUGCUGGUCGGAAGAGCGCUCGCGGUGGCRAACAUGGCGCUUUGGAGCUUCAAUCUCUUCGGGUUCUUGUUGCCUGUGUAUCUCCCAAGAGCUCUCAACAGGUACUAUAAUUCUCUGCACAAGUCCAAAGAUCAUUGAGGGAUCAGGACAAGAAGACCAUGUUUGGUUCUUAUUCACAAAAUACUUAUUAACCCAUAGCAAUAUGUUUGAAUAGUUUGGAGUAAUUUUAUUUGUAAUGGGAGUUUUACUUGCAAGUUUCUAGCUUUACUGCUUAGUUAAUUAGAUCAUGUGUCCAUGUAAUAUGGAUAAUUAUCGAUGGAAAAGAAAAGUUCCUCGUUCAAAUGUAGGGUUUUAAUUUCCAACCUCUAUGAAAGAGUAAAUAUGUCAUUUAUAUAUCACUAAGCUAUUUUCAUA